UCGGGUCGGUAGCACGUUGCUUCCUCAAUAUUUUUCGAAUCAAAAUUUAGUUUAAAAAUUAUUUUUUUGGGUUGAAAUUUAAUUUGUUCAUUACAAUGUCGAGUUAUAGAAGAUUAUACCGGGUAGAGCGUCUCAUGAAUCUGCUCAAGGCCAGUCGCGGAAUGAAUAGUACGGGCAGACAACCAAUCUUCGAUGUGGAAACCAGAAAGGACUUUGUGCAGCGCGUGAUAAACAGUGAUCGACCGGUGGUUGUGGAUUUCCACGCCAGUUGGUGCUGUCCUUGCAAGGCUCUGGCUCCCCGCUUAGAGAACAUUGUCUCGGAGCAAGGCGGCCGGGUACGUUUGGCUCGCGUCGAUAUCGAUGAGCAUGGGGAACUGGCCCUUGACUACAAUGUGGCCUCCGUUCCAUCACUGGUAGUCAUUAGCAACGGCAAGGUGGUCAACCGUAUGGUCGGUCUGCAGACCAGCGAAUACAUCCGCAAGUGGCUCAACAAGGUGAUGUCCCAUUCGUCUGCGGAUGUUGAGAAGUAGAUCAGGAUGUCAAUGGAGAGUGGAAUCACGUUUUUGUAGGCUCGCUUAAAGUUUGAUUAAAUCAUUUUCACGGCAA